GGGCUGCCGUCACCGCUCGGGAAGCCCAUUCAUCUGUGCACUUGGGCGUUGGACUCCGCAUCUUAUUAGCAACCAGGGAGAUUUCUCCAUUUUCUCCUUGUCUACAUAUUUAUACCAACCCAACGCUCUUUGUUUCCCCUCCUUUUGGAUCUGUUGAGUUUCUUUGUUGAAUAAGACAGCAUGGGUGCCCAGUUCUCCAAGACCGCCGCAAAGGGCGAAGCCUCCGCCGAGAAACCUGGGGAAGCAGUGGCUGCGUCUCCAUCCAAGGCGAAUGGACAGGAGAACGGCCACGUGAAGGUGAACGGCGACGCCUCCCCCGCGGCGGCGGAGGCGGGCAAGGAGGAGGUGCAGGCCAACGGCAGCGCGCCCGCCGAGGAGACGGGCAAGGAGGAGGCGGCCUCGUCGGAGCCCGCCUCCGAGAAGGAGGCGGCCGAGGCGGAGAGCACCGAGCCGGCCUCCCCGGCGGAGGGCGAGUCCUCCCCCAAGACUGAGGAGGGCGCGACCCCCUCGUCCAGCAGCGAGACCCCGAAAAAAAAAAAGAAGCGCUUUUCCUUCAAGAAGUCCUUUAAGCUCAGCGGCUUCUCCUUCAAGAAGAACAAGAAGGAGGCCGGCGAGGGGGCCGAGAGCGAGGGCGGCGCCGCCGCCGCGGCGGAGGGCGGGAAGGAGGAGGCGGCGGCCCCCGAGGCGGCGGGCAGCGAGGAGGGCAAGGCCGCCGCCGAGGAGGCCUGCGCGGCCGCCGCCGGCAGCGCCGAGGCGGCGAAGGAGGAGGUGGGGGACUCGCAGGAGGCCAAAUCGGACGAAGCCGCCCCCGAGAAGGCGGCGGGAGAAGAGGCCGCGGCGGCGGCGGCGGAGGAGCAGCAGCAGCCGCCGCCGCAGCAGCAGCAGGCGGCGGAGGGGAAGGCGAAGGCGGCGGAGGAGGCGGCGGGCGCCGGCGCCGCCACGAGCGAGGCGGGCAGCGGCGAUCAGGAGGCGGCCCCCGCGGAGGAGCCGGCGCCGGCGCGGCAGGAGCCCCCCUCCGAGAGCAGUCCGGAGGGACCCGCCGCCGAGUCGGCGGAGUAAGCGCCGCCGCCGCCCCUCGCCGACGGACUUUUCUUCCCCCCUGUUUGUUUGUUGGAGUGGUGCCAGGUACUGGUCUCGGAGAACUUGUCUACAACCAGGGAUUGAUUUAAAAGAUGUCUCGUUUCUUUUUUUCUCUCCCCCCGCAGCUCCCAUCUCAAAUCGUUGUGUGUUGCCGCCAUUCCAACGGGCGGAGG